CUGACCUCGGGUGAUCCGCCUGCCUCAGCCUCCCAGAAUGCUGAGAUUACAGGCAUGAGCCACCGCGCCCGGCCCACGCAGCUAGGAUUUUAACCUAGAUAAUAUGACUCCACAGCCCAUAUACUUAGCAAUUAUAUAUAUAAUGUUAAGCAUAGCAAUCUCAACAUAUGUAUGUUACAUGCUUGUGUAAUAGUGACUCUUCCUAGUCUGCUAAGAAUGGGUUACAAAUGCCUCAGGAUAGCUAUGCCCAACCUGGCUCUCAAGGGCUGCACCCAAAACAUAAAUUAUUAGGAAACAUUAAAAAUGUGGCCAAGACAGCUAACAAGGACCACUUGGUUACAGCCUAUAACCAUCUUUUUGAAACUAAGCGUUUUAAGGGUACUGAAAGUAUAAGUAAAGUGUCUGAGCAAGUAAAAAAUGUGAAGCUUAAUGAAGAUAAACCCAAAGAAACCAAGUCUGAAGAGACCCUGGAUGAGGGUCCACCAAAAUAUACUAAAUCUGUUCUGAAAAAGGGAGAUAAAACCAACUUUCCCAAAAAGGGAGAUGUUGUUCACUGCUGGUAUACAGGAACACUACAAGAUGGGACUGUUUUUGAUACUAAUAUUCAAACAAGUGCAAAGAAGAAGAAAAAUGCCAAGCCUUUAAGUUUUAAGGUUGGAGUAGGCAAAGUUAUCAGAGGAUGGGAUGAAGCUCUCUUGACUAUGAGUAAAGGAGAAAAGGCUCGACUGGAGAUUGAACCAGAAUGGGCUUAUGGAAAGAAAGGACAGCCUGAUGCCAAAAUUCCACCAAAUGCAAAACUCAUUUUUGAAGUGGAAUUAGUGGAUAUCGAUUGAAAUAGCAGUGCUUCAGCUCUAAGGAUAUUAGCAACAAUGAUAAAACUUGGCCUUGAAGAAACUUACAUAACUAGUUAGAACUUGUAACUAUUGUAAAGGAAGAGUCAACUGGAAAAUUCAAGGAGUUAAUAAAAUUUGUUUACUUGAUCCCAGCUUUUGAGAGAUGUAAUCCCUUAUGAAUCCCUGGUCUAAAAUACUUUCCUACAGCUGUGUAAAAUACUGGUCAAGGAGAACUUUUUCCUUUUACCUCAUGUUGUAAACUAAGUGGCUCAAUAAAAAUUGAUCCACUGUCUUGAUCUGAC